AUGUCCAGCAAUGGCGUUUGGCAGCUGAAAUCGAUACUCAUUAAGUAUAGUGAGACGGGCCACAGCAGUCGCGGACUCCGCUACUAUCUGAGGCACCUGCUCAACACGUUUCAGAUCAAAAACCCGCAAAUCGAAGUGUCUAUCAACCAUGAGCAGUAUGAAGCUCCGCGCGCCACGUUCAGCUACAGGGACGGAUCUAAGUACGAAAUAAGCCUCAAGGACCUCGAGGCCAGACAAAUCGAAGAGGUCAUGCAGUUUCAUCGCAAUUCGUGCGGGAGGAUGGAGUACAUGAAGCACGGCCAGUCGAGGGUGUGGACCACCAACAGGUCAAUACAGGGGCUCUGGAAGCCGAGUUUAAGCAGCCAGAUGCAGUCGCUUUCAUGGUUCAAGAGGAUAAACCGUUCAGGUGUGACCAACAGGCCUAAAACGCUCCCCAAGUACUCGUCGAGGUCGCUGAACUUGUGCUGCGAGGCGGUCAAGGGCAACGGCCGUUGGGGCGACGAGGCCAUAUACCCUAAGGGCUGGGACCAGAACUACCUGAAACAGAUAUUCUGCCACCCGUUUCUGGACGACAGUUUGAACAACGUGUAA